UUUAAUAAUUGGGGGCCGAUUUCUUUCUUUCUACUACUUUAUCUUCAUCCUCAAGGAAACCAUACAUACAUACAUACAAACAAUAUAUAUAUAUUUUUUAUAUAUAAUUCCCCCCUCAAAUUCAUCAAUUUUCAUUUCCAAGGUUUUCAUUAUAAAGAUCUUGGAUAUUUUCAUAUAUAUUUAAUUGAAAAUUUCUAGCACUAUGCAAACGGAAGCAGCUGCGGUAGGUGUGGUGGAAGGCGGUAAUUCCGCGGCGCGUAAAUUAGUAACGCAACAUCGGAAACAUGUUCAGCAACAACAGUCGCAGGUUGGUACGGUUCCUCAACUCAUCGCCGGUGGUAUCGCCGGCGCCGUUAGCAAAACCUGCACUGCUCCUCUCGCUCGCCUCACUAUCCUUUUUCAGGUGCAAGGGAUGCACUCUGAUGCUUCUACAUUGAAAAAGACAACUAUAUGGCGCGAGGCUUCACGUAUAGUCCACGAAGAAGGAUUUCGUGCAUUUUGGAAGGGGAAUUUAGUUACAAUUGCUCAUCGUUUACCUUACUCCUCCAUCAGCUUUUAUGCAUUUGAACGCUACAAGAAUCUACUACAAAUGAUAACUGGAAUAGACAGUCAUGGAACAAAUUUAGGCUCAGACUUGUUCAUACGACUUGCAGGCGGUGGCUUAGCUGGUAUAACUGCUGCUUCUGUAACGUAUCCUUUGGAUCUUGUAAGAACUCGACUUUCAGCACAGAGAAAUGUUAUUUAUUAUAAAGGUAUAUGGCAUGCUUUACACACAAUCAGCAGGGAAGAGGGUAUAUUUGGUCUUUAUAAAGGACUUGGAGCUUGUCUAUUGGGUGUUGGCCCCAACUUAGCAAUUAGCUUUUCAGUUUAUGACACCGCUAGAUCUUACUGGCAAUUGCAUAGACCACAAGAUUCUACUGUCCUUGUCAGCCUGGCAUGUGGCAGUAUUUCAGGCAUUGCGUCAUCAACAGUAACAUUUCCUUUGGAUCUCGUGAGGCGGCGAAUGCAGUUGGAAGGAGCAGGUGGCCGGGCCCGUGUUUAUAAGACGGGCAUUUUGGGUACGUUUGGGCAAAUAAUCAAAGCUGAAGGUCUGCGUGGUAUAUACAGAGGAAUUCUGCCCGAAUAUUACAAGGUGGUGCCCACCAUCGGUAUUGUAUUCAUGACCUAUGAGAAACUCAAGCAAGUUUUGUCAAACAUAGAUGCUUGAAGAUAAUGAAGACAAAAAGUAUAUUAGUGACAUAGGUAAUAGAGGAACAACCGGAUAUUCGCUUCUAAAAAAAGAACUGAAAUCUUGUUUUCCUCUAGACAGGUUAUAUCAAAUAUAGAUCCCUUCUCAGGGGAGAUAUUCAACAUUGGUUUCAUCUUGUUUUUGUUUUUCCAAAAGAGGUAAUUUUAGCCAUUUUUAGAGAAUUGUAUAAGAUUAGCAAGUUUCAUUUUUGUUAGUUUCACACGGAUGUGGAAAUGGAACUUGUAUAUUGAUAUAGGCAAUGACGCAAUGUUUAGUUUGGAUACAAGGUCUGGCUCUGCUUUAGAAGUGCAGUCUUGCUGGUCUGAAUGUUUCAUGGAAAUUGUAAGAUACUUGUAACAUCUAUAUUAUAUAGGUCAUUAUAUUA